AUGAAGCUGCUGGAACUUUUUGACAGUGAAGAUCCAAGGGAGAGAGACUUCCUCAAGACAGUGUUGCAUCGAAUCUAUGGCAAGUUUCUAGGCCUCAGGGCGUUCAUCAGAAAACAGAUCAACCACAUAUUCCUCAGAUUUAUAUAUGAAACAGAGCACUUUAAUGGAGUUGGGGAAUUAUUAGAAAUUCUUGGAAGCAUUAUCAACGGGUUUGCAUUACCACUGAAGACAGAACACAAGCAAUUCCUUAUCAAGGUUCUCAUCCCAUUACAUAAAGUCAAAUGUUUGGGUCUAUACCAUGCACAGUUGGCAUACUGUGUGGUGCAAUUCCUGGAGAAAGAUUCAGCUCUUACAGAACAGGUUGUAACUGGAUUACUAAAAUAUUGGCCAAAGACAUGUAGUGCAAAAGAGGUAAUGUUUCUUGGUGAAAUUGAGGAGAUUCUAGACGUGAUAGAACCAGUCCAGUUUGCCAAGAUUCAAGAAAUCCUUUUCAAGCAGCUUGCAAAGUGUGUUGCCAGUCCACAUUUCCAGGUUGCAGAACGUGCCCUGUACUUCUGGAAUAAUGAGUAUGUAGUGAGCUUGAUAGAAGAGAACAGCAAUGCUGUUAUGCCGAUAAUGUUCCCAAAUCUAUACAGGAUAUCCAAAGACCACUGGAAUCAAACAAUUGUUGCCUUGGUCUACAAUGUACUCAGGACACUGAUGGAGAUGAAUAGCAAACUAUUUGAUGAACUCACUUCCAGCUAUAAGACAGAUAGACAAAAAGAGAAGAAGAAGGAGAAAGAAAGAGAUGAACUGUGGAAACGCUUGAGUAAACUUGAAAUGAACUAUCUAAAUAACCAAACCAAUAGCAGUUAGACAUUGUUGAGUUGUAGAAUGUAGACAUGGCAGUGGAGAUUUGUUGUGAGAACUUGCCGCUGAAAUGCCAUCAAGGAAUCGAUCUUCUCUUCUCCAUGUUCCCCUCGCUGAGAAUGGAAGACAUGACUGAUGGAAGGAACUUUGAUUCCCUGUUGCUGCAUCGGGCAAAACCACAGUUUGGGCCAAAAACUCAUAGUUUGCUGCUGUUUCAGUGGAAGUGCAUGAAUGUUGUUCAUUAUCUUUAUAUUUAUUUCUUAUCCAGUUGAGUGUCAAUGAACUCAAAAUGAGACAGGUAGGCUCUUAUGAACCAAAGGAUUAUUGGAAGUGAUGGAAGUUGACUGCAUGUCACACCAACUGACGUCGGGUGCAUUUAGUGGAGUAUAUAAAGAUGUUAGACUAUCAGAGUCUACAUUCAAAAGGAGUUGCUCUCUAUCUCUCCUAUACAUCCGUUUCCACAGAUAAUAAGCAUGGAUAUCCCUGUCACCUUGCUGCUUCUAUUAAUCGACUAACCUAAUGUUUUAUGUCUCUUUUAUGUGUUGUCGUAGCUUACAUCUACUAUUGCGAGUAGCAAGAGCUCGUCUGGACUCAUAUUUUAAGGAUUAAAAAUGAUAUGGUCUUUGAAAACUAACAUGUAUUUUUAAUUGAUAAUGUACUUAAACAUUGAAAAGUUUCCUGUUUUACCUGUUACAUAUUUACUCCUAUGGGAGACAUCUUUUAUAUUCCUUCAUCCAAACCUCCUGUGGUAGUUUCUUUUCUUUUGCAGUUGAUGGGUAAUAUUUUAGGGGGUUUCUUAUUGUACCCCUAUAAACAGCUCAGUAGUUAGGACAGAUUACUCUGUUGAAAAUGCAAAUUUGUCUGUGCCUCAAAACAAAUUGAAUCCCUAAACCUACACUCAAGACCCAUUUCAUUUACAUUUUGAUGAGUAUUAGGUCAAUUGGGUUCGGUGCCAUUAAAAAAAAAAUUGUUUUAUGUUUUUUUUUUGUUAUCAUUGACGUAAUUUAGCAGUAAUUGACCCAAAAUUUUUAAGAGUUUGUAUUGUGUUUAAUUAUCUGUACAGAUAGAUUGAAUUAUUUCCAGACUUAUCAUACAUAUUCUUUUUUUAACAUCAUGUCAUUGGUUAUGUAUGUGACCAGGAUUCGUAGUGUUGAAGGAAUGAUAUAGUUUAUUAAAUUAUUAUUUUUUUGUAAUUUCUAUUACAGUAGAUACAUUAUAGGGUUAAUAAAGCAUCAGAGAGUAAUCUUCUUUGUAUGGCAUGGAAAGGGAUACAAUUUAUAUACAUAUUAAUUGUUAUUUAUAAAUAUUUGUCAAAUAUAUUUAUUUUACUAAUUCACUCAAUUCAAUUAUUUGACUGAAUUAUCUAAAUCAUUUGUAAAAAAAUAAUAAGUUUUCCAAAGCAGAAAUAAAAGGAUUUUGUCAGUAAUAUGUAGGUUAAUUGAAUACCAUAGAAACAAGAUUCACCAAUCAAGUAAGCAAAGGCCAUUCAUCAGAAAUAUAUGUUCCUUUGGUAAGCAUUUUAUGGUCUUAAAAAGCUCUGUUGGUAGCUUUCUAUUGAUAGCUAGACAUUGUGACUGCAUGAAUUCAUUUUUGCAUAGAAAAACAAAAUUCUUUGUAAGAAUACUUGAUCAGAUGGGUUAAUGUAGUACACCAUUCGCUAUAUAAAAUUAUUAAAACGACAGUCCGACCUCUCUUAUCUGGACACGUUGGGACCAGCACCAAUCCGGAUAAGGGAUUUAUCCAGAUUUGGGAGACCCAAUAUUAAAUACACGCAGCUGCUGCCUCAGCUCCCCAACUGCGGUAGCUACACGUUAUCUAUUGUAGUGGGUGUGCGUACAAACAGUAUUCACUGCAGUAUCAGUGCAAAUUAUAGGCGGUAUUUCUACGGAAAUGAAAUCGAUCGAUGGCCAAAACUGUUGGAUCAUUUACCUGCUUAAAUGGUUGAGGUAUACAUCGAGCAUAUCUCGAAAGAAAGAGAAUGACUUGAUGAAACAAAGUUUUACAAUUAGAUCAUCGCGGCGGGUAUCGCAGCUUCGCAAUGUCAGCCUUUGUUAUGACUGUUGGCUCAAACAUGAUAGAUGGCGCUGUCCGUAUUGAGGCCAAGUGUUAGCUAGCAAGGCAUGUGUUGUUUUUCCCAGGAAACAAAAAGAGAAUGUGAUGAAAUGUUUGCGCUGCGCCCUGAUUUACUGGAAAAUUAUCCUGCCUAAGUUCUUUCGAUGAUUUGGGUGAGAUAUUUUCAUGAAAAAUAAUGUUGUAUGUAGACUAUAUUGGAAAAUAUAUGUAAUCAAAGUGAGUUUGCGUAUAGGAUUGAUUUGAGAUUGAAAUCUCAUUUCCUCACGUACUAGAUUGAAUUGAAAAAUAAUCUCGGCAAGUGUGCGUCCGGAUAAGGGGAGGCCGGAUAAGAGAGGUUGGACUGUAGUCUAUUUCCCUGCACAUUACUGAUAAACUAAACAUUUGGCACUAGCGGUAGAAUGAAUUAUACUUAAACGAGUCAAGUCAUUUUAAGAACCCAAUGAUUGUUCUCAUCAAAGACUUAUCUAUAUAAUUUUUUAUGUGCCAAAAAAAAAGGUUUGGAACAUAUAUUUGAGAGUACAAGAAGUUAGCCCUCUGGAAAAUAUUUUGUUCAACAAAGCUCAGCAAUCAUUUUUUUUAUUUUAUUUUAUUUUUUUUAGUGUUCAUGGCCUAGACAAGUUGCUCCACCGGAGCUGGUAGUAACACACAGAUCUUCAAGUCUUGAAAAAUCAGUUAUGACAUCAUUGGUCAUGUUGUAUGAUGUUUAUGUUGUAUUUGGUCAUGAGUUUGGUCUAUACAAAUUUAGCCAAAUUCUGUUGUCAAACUUUUAGAGAAUUUGAUUAGUCCUCCUAAUCUUUGUUUUUUUUUUUUUGGGGGGGGAGGCGGAAUGGUGACAAAAGACUUAUGCAAUGUUUGGCCACCUAAUAUCCCAUUGACCUUGUACACAAAAUAAUGCUGAUCAUCAUGACACCAUGUCUGGACAUGCCUUUAUUGUUCAAUAUUAGUUAUUUCUAACAGCAUCUGAGUUCAAUCAGAUUACUGCAAUGGUUUGUAGUCCUUUACACUUGUGAUUAUGAUUUAAAAGACAGGGUAUUUUAUUGAGACUACUUGUCAUGUAGAUUCACCUAUUAUCACUUGCUUCUCAGAAUGUCCAGUUCCUUGUUUGAUCGAGCUUGUUAUCAAUAACACUACUAUAAUUCUGCGACAAAUUUGUUCACUACGAAUCAAAGAAGUUGGAUGCAGUAGCUUGUAACAGCAGAUUGUAAUUUUUCAUUGAUGAGUUUCAUGACAAAGGGUCCAUGUUUGUACAUCUAUUACCCACAAUGCAACCUCAAUUGUUGAAUUGCCUGGGUGGAGGUAAUAGAAACCAUGUGAUGUUUGUUUAUCUUCACCAAAUGAUGGUGCAAGGACAAUACAUCUAAGUAGUUGUGUGUAAUUUCUUGUCUGGAGAAAGUAAUACCAUUCAGAAAUAUGGAUUUGUGUUGACAGCGUGCUUGAGCUGUCUAAUAUAUUUUAAGUGCCAUGAUCCAAGAUGCUUUUAUUUUGAAAUAUUUUGAAAGAAUAUGGUUCAUAUAUGUUAGAAGUUAUGUUGUUUUCCUGAUAGUAAGGUAAUACAGAGAGGUGUAUGUAAGAUUAAAGGGGAAGUUCAUUCUGACAAAAAGGUUAUUGUAAAAAUAGUAGAAAAAUUAUAAAAAUAAUUGGUGAAGGCUUGAGGGAAACCUAUGAAAGAUUUAAAAGGUAUAGUCCGACCUUUCUUAUCCGGACACGUUGGGACCAGCACCAAUCCGGAUAAGGGAUUUAUCCCGAUCUGGGAGACCCAAUAUUAAGUAUACGUAGCUGCGCCUCCCCAAUGAUAGCAACACGUAAUCUAUUGUAGUGGGCUUACACAGACAUUAUUCACUGCAGUGUCAGUGCAUAUUAUAGGCGUUUUUUUAUGGAAAUGAAAUCGAUUGGUUGCCAAAACUCUUGGAUAAUUUACCUGCUGAAAUGAUAGAGGAAUACAUCAAGCAUACGUCGAAAGAAAGAAUGAUUUGACACUAAAUUUGAAAAUUGGAUCAUCGCGGCGGGCAUCGCAGCUUCGCAAAGUCAGCCAUUGUUAGACUGUUGGCUCAAACAUGGUAGAUGGUGCUGCCUGUAUCGAGGCCUAGCACUAGCGAGCGAGACGUUAUGUCCCCCCCCCCCCCCCCCCCCGCAAAGAAAAAAAAAGGAUGUGAUAAGAUGGUUGCGCUGUGCCCUGAUUUAUUGGAAAAUUAUCCUGCCUUAAGUUCUUUCAGUGAUUUGGUAAGAUAUUUUCAUAAAAAAAUGUGGUUGUAGGUAAACUAUGUUGGAAAAUGUAUGUAAUCAAGUGAGUGAGUAGGAAUUUUAAUUUUAAAUUGAAAUCUUAUUUCCCCACGUAAAAGAUUGAAAAAAAUCUUGGCAAGUGUGCGCCCGGACAAUAGAGAGAGCCGGAUAAGGGAGAGGCCGGAUAAGAGAUGUCGGACUGUAAUUACAAUUUUUGAUUUUCGGAUUGUUUAUGUCAUAUGUAAGCAGCUUCCCAUAUAUCUUGAAUGAAAUAAAAAUCAACAGACAAAGUAUUUCACACCCGUUCCUAAAAGAAAAAGGUGUUUAGUCAUUAUGACCCAUUGAAAAAUAAAAAUUUAUGCAUCUUAUAUAACAUAUGGAGCAGCUGCUCAUAUAUGUCACAAAUCUGAAACUUAAAUUUAUAAUAACUUUUUUAAAAUCUUUAAUGGAUUUUCCUCAAAAUCUUACAGGUAUAUUUUAUUGUUUUUUUUUCUGGUAUGUUUGCAACAAAUUUUGUUGUCAGGGUGAACUCCCCUUUAAUGCAGCUGCAAUAGCUCCAUUCUUAGGCCACUCUAUUACACAUAUCUUCUUUAACACGUAUACAUGUAGGAUUCGGUUUAAUAGAAGUCACAUUAGUUUGAAGGGAUUAGACCAUUUCGUUAAUUUUGUUUCUAAAUAUAAUCUAAGAAUAUGAUUUCUUUUAAAUAACUUUGCAGAUUGUGACACACCCAAAAAUAAAUAUUUGAAUUUUUAUGUGAAAUUCUAUCUCUAAGACUUUUCUAAAUUCAGACAAUAUUCUGAUCAUUUAGUGUGUAGUGAGCUUAAACUUCCAAUUUAAAUGGAAAGGUUUGUUGAAUUGUAAUUCAGCUAUUCCUUUAUUACUGUGCAUAUUAAUGAAACUUUUACCCAACCACUGAAUCUUCUCAUUGCUUCAGUAUUAAACUGUUUUACUAUGAA